AUGGCUAAUGCGACUCACUUACUUUCUCUAUUCAUACUGAUACAACUGAACUGUGUAGCAUUAUCUUCUCAUGGACAUGGCCAUGGUAAUGCCACAGCUUCCUUCUGCCGUCCAGACCAGGCUGCAUCACUUGUACAACUAAAGCAGUCAUUCAUCUUCGACUACUCCACCACCACACUACCAUCAUGGCAGACUGGCACCGAUUGCUGCCUCUGGGAAGGCAUCGGCUGUGAUGAUGGUGGUGGCCGUGUCACUGUGCUUGACCUUGGUGGUUGUGGCCUCUACAGCUACAGCUGCCAUGCCGCCCUCUUCAACCUCACCUCCUUGCGCUACCUCGACCUCAGCAUGAAUGAUUUCGGUGGUUCUCGCAUCCCUGCAUCUGGCUUCCAGAGGCUAUCCAAGCUCACUCACCUCAACCUUUCUUAUUCCGGCUUCUAUGGUCAGGUUCCCAUUGCCAUCGGCAAACUCAAGAGCCUCAUAUCGUUGGACCUUUCUUCACGGAAAAAUAUUGCUCCUGAUGAAACCAUGCAUACAUAUGGUAUUGUGGAUGGCUAUAACUUUUUGGUACUACGAGAACCCAGCUUGGAGACCCUAGUGGCAAAUCUGACCAAUCUGAGGGAGUUGUACCUUGACAUGGUGGACAUAUCUAGUAGCGGAGAAGAGUGGUGCAGCGGUCUAGGUGAAGCUGUCCCCCAUCUUCAAGUUCUUAGCAUGGCAGACUGCCAACUACAGGGUCCAAUCCACUCCUCCUUGUCAAGUCUCCGAUCACUCACCGUGAUCAACCUUGAAAAUAAUGGUGAUGUUUCUGGAGUAGUUCCUGAAUUCUUGGCAGACUUUCGAAAUUUAAGUGUUCUUCGCCUCAGCUUCAAUGAUUUGAGCGGUUGGUUUCCUGAGAGAAUAUUUCAACUCAAGAAUAUAAGAUUCCUUGAUGUGUCCAACAACAGACUCUCAGGGGAUUUACCAGAAUUUUCAAAUGGGACUUCUUUGGAGACUUUGAAUCUAUACAACAAUGAUUUUUCUGGUAUGAUCAAGCCGGGCUCUUUUAGCAACCUCCUGUCUCUCAAAGAACUAGCUCUUGAUGGAAGGUCAAUUUCAAUGGAGCCUGCUGAUUUAUCGUUCACCAAACUCGACUCCUUGCAAAACUUGCGGCUCUCUUUUUUGUGGUUUUCAGGGGAGUUGGGGCCAUUUUUCUCAUGGAUUAGUAUCCUGAAGAAUUUGACAAGCUUGCAACUCUCUAAUUGUUAUUCCUGCAAGAUCAUGCCCCCCAUUAUUACCAAUCUCACCAACUUGACAAAUUUGGAAUUCAUUGGUUGUCGCUUCUCGGGGAAAAUACCACCAUCAAUUGGCAACCUCUACAAGUUGACUUCCUUGAAAAUCAUUGGUUGUUCCUUCUUUGGGACAAUACCAUCUUCAGUUGGCAACCUCAGUAAACUAAGAAAGCUGGAAAUCUCUUAUAGUGACUUAUCUGGUUCAAUACCAACAUCUAUUGGACAUCUCAACAAAUUGAUGGUAUUAGUAUUGGCGGGCUGCAGGUUUUCUGGCUUAGUACCAAGUACAAUUGUCAAGUUGACUCAACUGGUUUAUCUGGAUCUUUCUAUGAAUGACCUUACAGAUAUUCCAACAUCUCUAUUCGUUUCUCCAACAAUCUUAAGGUUGGAUCUUUCAUCAAACCAACUUUAUGGACCAAUAAAAGAGUUUCAUGGACUCACAAAUUUGGUCGACCUGGAUCUUAGCUCAAAUAACUUGACAGGUUUAGUACAAUUGCAUUCACUUUGGAAGCUAAGAAAGCUUGUUUCCUUGGGUCUCUCAAACAACAAGUUGUCUGUCUUGGAUGGAGAAGGUAGUACAUCAAUAGUACACUUGCUCCCUAAGCUCACGAGACUACGACUUGUGUCUUGCAACAUGACGGCAGUUCCGAGAUUCUUGAUGCAUGUUAACAAUAUCCAAACAUUGGACCUUUCAAGCAACAAAAUACAGGGUGCUAUACCCCAAUGGAUAUGGGAGAAGUGGGAUGAUAGUCUUGCACAACUAAAUCUUUCCAACAACAUAUUCACACUUAUGCAACUCACUUCAUAUGUUCUCUCGUACAGCCGUUUAGAAUCUCUUGAUCUCAGCUCUAAUAGGCUACAAGGCCAGAUCCCGAUGCCAAACAUGUUGACAUCACUUAACCCUUAUCGGCAGCAAAUAUUGGAUUACUCAAACAAUAGAUUCUCUUCUGUUAUUCCAAAUUUCACUGCUUAUCUUCACCAAACUGCUUAUCUCAAGUUGUCAAGAAAUAAUAUAACUGGGUAUAUACCAAAUUCUAUUUGUGAUUCAAGGAAACUUGAAGUCCUUGACCUAUCAUAUAAUUACUUCAGUGGGGUAAUACCAUCAUGCCUGAUAGAAGGUAGCAACUUGGCUAUAUUAAAUUUGAGAGAGAAUCACUUUGAAGGAACAUUACCUUACAACAUUAGUGAGCAUUGCAAUCUUCAAACAAUAGAUUUACAUGGCAACAAGUUCCAAGGUACACUUCCCAGAUCUCUUUCAAACUGCUCUGACUUGGAAGUUCUUGACAUUGGAAACAACCAGAUGGUUGAUACUUUCCCAUCUUGGGUCAGUAGGCUUUCCAAUCUUCGUGUCCUUGUUUUAAGAUCCAACCAGUUCUAUGGUUCACUUGAUUAUCCUACGAGAGAUAAGAAACUUGGGGAAUACUUCAAAAAGUUACAAAUCAUUGAUAUAGCCUCAAAUAAAUUUUCUGGAAGUUUGGAUACACAAUGGUUUGAGAGUUUGUCAACAAUGAUGGCAAAGUCAAAUGACACAGGAAGUAUCUUAGGCCAUCAAAUGUUUUACAGUUCUUCCUACUACCAUGAUACUGUUGCAAUUACAUAUAAAGGACAAUAUAUGACAUUUGAGAAAAUCUUGUCUGCCUUAACUGCAAUUGACUUCUCACAUAAUGCAUUGUAUGGUGGCAUUCCUGAAUCAAUUGGAAGGCUGGUUUCACUACAUAUCCUUAGCAUGUCACACAACGCAUUAGAAGGGGGAAUUCCGCCACAAAUUGGUGAGAUGCAUCAGUUGGAAUCACUGGACCUAUCCUGGAACGAGCUUUCAGGGGAGAUUCCACAAGAUCUAACACAUUUAACAUUUCUUGGAACUCUGAACUUGUCCAAAAACAAGCUGGAUGGAAGGAUACCACAGUCAAGUCAGUUUGCAACUUUUGAGAACACUUCAUAUGAAGGGAAUGCAGGGCUGUGUGGACCGCCGUUGUCCAAAGCAUGUGGCAAUUCUAGUAACCCAAAUGACGCUCCAUUGAACACAUCCAGAGAUCAUGUUGAUAUUAUUUUGUUUCUAUUUGUUGGAGUGGGCUUUGGCGUUGGAUUCACGGCAGGUAUUCUGAUGAAAUGGAGUAAAAUUGGCAAAUUGUUUCAAAAAUUCUGA